AUUCGGUUUUUGACUUUUUUCUGGUUUUGACACUGAUUUUGACUCGAUACUGACUCCCGGUUUUGACCCUUUUCCGCUUUUGACCUACGGCUUCGGACUCUCCUCUGAUUGGUAGCUCUGCUACUGAAAAAAAGCCCGAUCCAUUCAUGGAAAUGGGAGCGAUCGGUGCUUUAUCACUGUGUGUGGAAACACCUAGAGCCGUGUUUGGUGUGCCCCUCAUUAGUCUGAGGAAGAGUGGACAGAUGAGGCAGGGUCUUCCUCUGGCGCUCACACACAUGGUGGAGUUUGUGGAGAAGCACGGUCUCAGCAAGAUCGGCCUGUUCAUAGUCGGCGGAUCAGUACAACGCUGCAGGGACCUAAAGAAAGGUUUCGAUGAUGGAGGCUUUCCAGAGCGUGACAGUAGGGAUGUAGAUACUUGGGCCUCCUUACUGAAACAUUUCCUCAAGGAAAUACCUGGUGGACUUAUCCCGGAGCCACACAAGACACAACUGCUGCAGGUGUUCAGGGAUUCAAAAAAAGAAGAGCUGAAUCAGGCUUUGAGGACUGUGCUGAAGACUCUUCCAGAGGAACAUUUCAAUGUCCUCUGUUAUCUAAUGUACUUCCUGUCCCGUGUUGCCGCUGAGAGUCAUUUCAAUCGAAUGACAUCUACAAAGCUGGCAAGCGUUUUGGAUCCAACAUCUUUCAGUGAGUGUUUGUAUGUGUGCAUUCAGCGAAUAUAG